UAGGGUGGGAAGAGGGGGGGAGUCCACGAAGACCAUGUGAUCCAAGAAGAGGCGCGCGGGCAUCUUCGCGCGCACGGUCGUUUGGAAGGCCGCCAAGCUGAUCGCCACAGGAAUCGCACCGUCGGUCCUGCAUGGUGGGCGAGUCAGCGGCAUCUCGGACGACGCCCUCAAGGCUAUCCGUAUUCAGGCCGGUGUUGUGGUUGGCGUGAAAGCCACGGCGAGCCUCAUUCUGACGUUGGUGGUGCAAGAUAAUCCUCAGCUAUCCUGCAGCGGGCUUGGAUGUUUUAACCGUAGUCUACUCGAGAGCUCGCGAUGGAGCAAUGCAUUUGGCCCAAUUGCGGCCACGUGGCUUACCCUGCGCCGUAUUCAGUGGGACAUGACAUCGGCUCACGACUAACGAUGGCAGGCGCGCCACGUUCAGCGGCGCCACUCUGAGGCUAAUGGCGAGACGCUCUGGUACCGUGCCAUGCGCGCCGCCAUCAAGGGCAAAGUCGGCAUCAACGACCCUACGCAGAAGGGAGGCCUCAUAUGCGUACAGGGUGGAAGCAUGUGGCCCAGGGUUAGGCGCUUUGAGCGAGGGCUGGUGGCCAGCCCCGAGUGUGCCUGCUGCGGCGAUGCUCGCGAGACGUCGGGCCAUCGAUGGUACGACUGCGACGGCAUCAAGCAGCUGAACCCGGGUGAGCCCCCAGAGCAGGAGCCCAUUCUGGAGCAGUUGGCCAAGACGGGGAAGAUCUUGCGCAACAUGGGCAUGCAGUGCGCGGGCGAGCCGGACUGGGACACGCUGGAACUUGCAUAUGGUCUUCUCUUGGCGCUGACGAUUUCGGAGGCCCCGCCAUUGCCGGCGGCUCAGUGUUGGACAUGGGUCGAUUGCUCUGUCCCUUGGAAGGACACCGUGCACAUCGCAGGAGGCUCCAAGUUCAAUCGAGUGCCCGAGCUGAUGUACUGUAGCUGGUCCGUCGUCCAGCCCAGCGACGAAGGCAUCCCAGUGCGGGCGCAGUUUGGCAUUGUCACGGGGCACGCGCCUACCGUGCCACGGGCAGAACGCUGCGCUGCCCUCAGAGGCCUGCGGGCAGUGGAGCAGGUGGACCACGUGGUAACGAAUCAUGAGCCGUUGGCGGUGGAGGGAUGCCGAUGGAGCGAGGGGGAUGCAAGUGCCCGCGGCACCCACGCCGACAUUUGGCGUGCCAUGCGCCGCACGGUACAGCAGCGGAACUUCUCGCAGGAGGCCCCGAGAUUUGAUUGGGUCUCCUCGCGCAAGACGGCGGAGGAGGCCGAGCAGAUGGGCCUUAAGCUUGACCACUGGUUAGGCAAUGCAUGAGCGUACAAUUUCGCCACCAUCGCCGUCCGCUGCGCGAAGCCGAGCGCGUCGCUGGAGAGGCGUAUGGAGUACAAGUUGGACCUGGCCACAAAGACGGCCAAGUAUAUUGCCGGGGCCGCGUGCCGAGUCGAGCUGACGGCAGCUUGGGAGCCGCCGUAACCCGACCCUCGCGUGCAGCCAGGGCCCAAGGCAGCGCCCCGGCUCGUGGUAAUCGACCACGCGAACGUCGAGUGUGUGAAGGGGGGCAGCGGCGCGGACAAGACCAAGCUCGGGGUCUUGUGCCUGGACUGCAACCGGCGGGCCUUCACGGGCCACGCGAGGCGGAAGCUGGACGCGACCCCUUUCAAGCCCGCGCCCAUGACGAGGGCGCGAACGAGGCAGCUGGCUUUCGCCACAUCUACGGGCGACGCUCUCGCGCAGAUAAUUGAGAACCCGGCCAGUUUUGGCCUGGGCGCAAAGCACGACGCCGAGCUGGGGCCAACGAUCGUGGCUCUUGGACCGACUGCUGCCGUCGCGGACUCGUUGCGUCAAGAGUCAAGACGGCGUCGCGGACUCGGAGCGCCAGUUUGGCUCGCAGCCGAGCGAUGCGGCGGAUGGGCCAGCACACCGCUUUCAGACGAAUCGUGGAAAGCCCCCCCUGAGCGCCCUUAGGGGGGGGGGGGGGCCGGGACA